AUGACUACUUACAAAUUCAACGUUGAUAUGACCUGCGGAGGUUGCUCAAAGGCUGUUACUGCCAUCUUGUCAAAGCUUGAGGGUGUUUCAGAUAUUAAUGCUGAUCUUACUACCAAGGUUGUCACCUGUAACUCUACCAAAUUCAAUGCCGAUGAAUUACUUGUAUCUAUUCAAAAGACUGGAAAGAAGAGUUCAAUCAAGAAUGAUUAA